UAGUGCAACUCGAGCAGAUUUUUUUAACACUCAGUCUGUGAGAUCAGAGGAAGUGAACAAACACAGGAAGAGCUGAUAGUAUUCAAAGAAAGAGUUUAUCAUACAGUAUAAUGAAGAGAAAGACUGAGAGAAAGAGAGAAUGUCUGAUGAGUGUCAUCUGUGUCUGCUGGGACUGAUCUUUCUCUCUUCACUUCUCUCAGGUGUCAGUGGAGUGGAUUAUGUUCAUGUGUUCAUCAGUUCUGGUGAAGAUGUCACUCUGUCCUGUAAUAAUGCUCUUCAUGACUGCAAAUCAACUACAUGGAUCUAUAACAGAUUCAGAGAUUCAGCAGCAGUUGAACUGAUUCAUUUAGGGAUAAAGAAGAAAGACACAGAGAGUCAUGAGAGACUGAGUCUGGGGUCUGACUGCUCUCUGAACAUCAGGAACAUCUCAACAGAAGAUCAUGGAUCUUACAUCUGUCAACAAUGGACUGAUGAGGGUGGACCACGACUAAGACCUGAUGCUGGUGUUUAUCUGCAUGUUCUUCAUGUCUCAUCCUCACACACUGAGAUCAGUGCAGGUCUCUCUGUGACUCUCUUCUGUCAGCUGUAUUCAUAUCCUCGAGUCUCUUGUGAUGAUUGGACCCGUUCUGAGAGAAUUCAGCUGUUCUGGGUGAAUCAGGCUGGUGUUAAACUGAAUAAAUCAGACUCCAGAUAUCAGAUAUCAUUCUCAUCAGAUCACUGUAUCAUCUCUCUGAAUACAACACUCCUGAAUGAAGAUCACAACAGAGAGUGGAGAUGUAAUGUUAUUCACAGAGAUCAAUUCAAGACCUCAGUCACAUACACUGUCAAGAGUUCAGCUCAAGCUGAUUCAGGGACAGCAGGGAUUACUAUACAAGUGAUUAUGAUUGUUGCCGGCAGUUCAUUCAUUCUUCUCCUUCUUGCUCUGAUUCUUUGGAUGAUGAUUCGUAAAAAUAGAUCCGCUGUCAGAAGAGCGACUGAUGACUCUGUGGAUCCAUCAUCCAGAGCUGGGAACAACUCAUUGUUUUGUGAGUCACAAGUACAUUUUGAGUCUUUGCAUUCAAGUCUAGAGUCAAGACGGACAAGUCCAAGUCGAGAUGAGCAGACAGAUGAUGUGACUUAUACUGAAGUUACUGCGGUCAGUAAAGACAGAGCCAAGAACAAGGUUUGCUGUGAUGAUAAAGUGACUUACGCUUCCAUCGGAGGAGCAAAAGCCGGAGAUCAGGAAGACUGCAGUCAACUUUACACUUCUGUGAACAAGAACCAUCACAAAUCAGGAAAAUAAUCAUAAGAUAAUCACAC